AAAAGCCAAGGCGCGCUUUCCCGCGCCGCCGUCCGUUAACUUACACUUAUCUGUUCGUUUCCAUUGCACCGUGCUGCACUUGCGUGUGUACCUUGUGCACUUUGUAGUCGGCAGGACGGGCGUUCGUCUUGUUCGGAGUGCGGAAGUGUCGCAUGGUGCGAUUGGAAGGUUCAGAAAGUGCGACGAGCGGACCUAUACACUAACCUCAUUGACAAUCAGCUGGAACGUGUCAAUCGUCGCUUGUCGCAAUCAGGUUAGGUUCACCUCGGCGAGAAUUGAAACUCAUCCCGGGUCGUAGUGAAAAGUUCGCGAUGACGAAGACGGACAGCGCGGUGGUCGUGCGCGUGUUAUACGGAAGCGAGACCGGAACCGCUCAGGACGUCGCCGAGCAGGCUUGGAAGAGCGCCAAAAGGAAAGGCCUACAAAGCACUGUUUCAUCUCUGGAAGAUUAUGACAUUCGUAAUCUUAUCUCCGAUCAGCUCAUCAUCUUUGUGGUGGCUACCACUGGACAAGGGGAUCCUCCCGCCAAUAUGCGACGAUUUUGGCGGUUGUUGUUGCGGAAAAACCUACCAGUGAAUAUGCUGCAGGACUUAAAGUACGGUAUAUUGGGUCUAGGUGACAGCUUCUACCAAAAGUUCAACUUCGCCGCGAAGAAGCUGAACAAACGGCUGGCGCAGCUGGGCGGCGAGGAGUUGCUGCCGAUCGGCUUGGCAGACGACCAGCACAAUCUGGGGAUAGACGCUGUCGUUGAUCCUUGGAUGAAGAAACUCUGGGAUGAAAUCGGAAACGCCUUCAAUGUGCCCGUGGAAGACAAGGUCGGCGAAGAGAACUCGGUAAUCGAGAGGUACGAUGUAGCCGUGAUGGAGACGGGCCGGUCGACUUCCAUGAGCAGCCUAUGCCGGUCGAAAAGUGACAUCUACGCUCAGGAAGCGCUCACGAAAGAUGGAGUGCGAAUAGGGACGAUAGUCGAGAAUAAAAGGACCACGACAGAGGAUCACUUCCAGGACGUGAGACUCAUCCAGAUACAAUCGGACGGCGUCCAAUACCAGCCGGGCGACGUCGCCUACGUCCGGCCGAAGAACUCUGUGCAGCAAGUCAAGCGUUUCUUCGACAUCCUUCACGAGCAUGACGUGAAACUCUUCCCGGACACGGUGAUACAAGUGUCGCAGAAAGAGAUCAAGGUUCCCUUCGUGCUGCAGCGCAACUUGACUCUGGGGGAGAUCGCGGAGCAAUAUUGGGAUCUGAACUUCAAACCACGUCGAUCCACCAUGUACACUCUGUCCUUGAUCAGCGAGAACGAGCUGGAGAAGGAGAAGCUUCAUGAGUUCGCCAGUCCGGCCGGUCAAGAGGAGCUCUAUGACUACAUCAAUAGACCGAGGAGGAAUGUCCUGGAGCUCCUGACAGACUUCCCGCACACCACUGGCAAGCUGAACGCGAAGUUGCUUUUCGAGAUCAUGUCCCCGGUGAAGCCGCGUGCCUACAGCAUCGCCUCCAGCUCGAAGGCCACUCCGAACGCAAUACAGAUUCUGGUGGCGGUCGUCAGGUACAAGACAAGGCUGCUGGAGCCGCGUUUCGGUUUGUGUUCCGAGUGGCUGGCUAGUUUGAGAAACAACGACAAGCUGGUGUUCUGGCUGCAGGGGGGGACUUUUCGGUUUGCGAAGGAUAAGCCGAUAAUCCUGAUCGGCCCUGGCACGGGACUCGCGCCUUUUAGGUCCUUGCUCCUAGAAAGAGCCCUGACUGACGAGAGUUUGAGGGACUAUGCGCUCUUCUUCGGUUGCAGAAAUAAAGAAAGGGAUUAUCACUGCAAGGAGGAUCUGGAGAGAUUGUCGAGGGAGAAGAACUUGAAGGUGUUCUGCGCGUUCUCCAGGGAUCAGGAGAAUAAAGUGUAUGUGCAACACGUUAUACGUCGACAAAGAGAGUUAUGCUGGCAAUUUCUGCAAAACGGCGGUAGCAUUUAUCUAGCAGGGAAUUCUAAGAACAUGCCGAACGAUGUGCGCGAUGAAUUCGUCAAUUUAGUGAAGGAAAUUGGUGAAAUGACGAAAGAAGAGGCGGAAGUAUUCGUCGAGCAUUUAGAGAAAAACAAUCGAUAUCAGUGCGAGACGUGGAGUUAAUACGAGGAAAAAAAA